UUUAGAAAUAGAUUAUGAAAUGCCUGCAGUUGUUGCAAGACUUCAAGAUUUGGAGUCUGACGUGGAAUUUGUAGCUCCAUGUCAAAGCGAAGUUGAAGCUUAUGCUUUGAAUGGAGUGCCUGUUUUUGCUUAUUCUUUUGAUUAUGUCCCGAAAGGGUCUGUUAUAGAGGAUGACAGAAGAUUUUAUUCAAUGUUUGGGAAUGCCCCUGUUGGGUUAAAAAGGAAAGACCAACAUUUAAAAUGUGAGAAUAAAACAAAAAUAAGACACACAUUAUAA